UCGUUGCUGUCGUGGGUACAAGGCCGGGGGCGAUUUAUCAGAGUUGCAAAAAGGGAUGAUUAUCGGCUUUCGGGCCAAGGGUGGCAGUAUUUCUGACAUGUCCGACAGUGGUUGGAAGAGCACGACCAAUCAAGACUUCCAAGUACUUCCCUGACCCCCCAAUUCCCCGGACUUGAACCCAACUGAGCAUCUCUGCGGAACCACCUCGAUCGUCGUGUUCGCGCUAUGGAUCCUCCGCCACGCACCCUCCCUCCAGCAGCCGCGUGGGAUGCACUGCAGUCACCAUCAUCAUGGCUCCAGUUACCAGGCUGUGACAACCAACCUACCAGCACCUUAUUGAGUCACUCCCAGCCCGUCUAGCUGCUGUCCGUGCUGCACACGGCGGUUACUAACUGGAUAUAUUAGCUGGUGGUCAUAAUAAUGAUGUGACUCGACCGUGUAUAAUUACUUAUUAUUAUUCUUAUUAUUAUUAUUAUUGAGGGAUAGAAAAUUGGCAUCGUUCUUAACGGUGAUAAAAGUUCUCACUUUACUUGUUCUGAAUACUUUAAUCCGGUGUAUCGUGCUGUAAUGAUGACGUAUUAUUGUGGAGACCGAGGGGGUUGUUUCCCCCCGCGGUCCCCUCUCUCUCCCGCGCGCGCGCCGGCUGUUAUGCUUGUCCGUGUACACAUUUGUGCCCCGCACGUUCUGGAGUUUAAUGUUGUUUAUUUUAUCGUGAAGACAGCUGUGCGAAGUAUAAGUCACCCAUAGUUGCCUACAAGAUUAUAUUAAACGAAGAGUUUCCAUUCUUUCGUGUCCGUCCCUGGGUUUACACCUUUUUUUUUUUUUUGGAAUAGUCGUGAGGAUCUAGGCUAAACUAGGCAGAUCGCUACAAGUGUUUAGAACAAAGGUUACAUAUUGUAACGGUGCUGACGGGAGCUGAAAUAGCUCCAUGUACAUAGUUGUUAUUAGUGUUCAUGUCUACAUUAUUAUUUGGUGUUCAGUUAUGAUUGGUUGUUUUAUUGCUUGUGUAGUUUGUUACGCCGCCGGGGGGGAUUCUGGGGGUGACUCGGAACUAUUUGGAGCGUCUUUGUUAAGACCGGUACAAAGACCGGUACAAAGUCCGGGAAGGGGAGGGGGGGCAGGUACAAGUACAUGAGGAGGGAGGCUAUGUUUGUACACUACUCUGAUUCCUGAGCCCGACUCCAGCAGCUCCGCGGGGACGCGCUGCAAUACCGAGGACGGACGGCGCGUAAGAAACGGGACGGUUGCAGACUGCAGCGCGCAUGCGCGUGUUCGCGCGCCGGACUGCAGCUAUCCGGCGGAGUCGAGCGCUCCUCCCGUCCGCGGACCUCGUUGCGUUGGAAGCACGCGAACUGCACUCGCUCGCCAGAAGCCGCGCGGGAGCCCGUCGCCGAGAACUGUGGUGGCUUGUCUCUGUACCCGGCCGGAGCCCAUGGAGAAGCCCUGGAUUCUGGUGAAAGCGAUCGGACCGGAUGGCAUCUACCGGUGCUACGCCCCCCUCCUGGAGAAGCACUUCACCGUGGUGACCAGCGAGGAGUUUCACCGCGAAUACGAGCGCUGCGGGCACAAGAUCCGCGCCGUCUUCGUGGUCGGGCCCUCGCCUCAGAUGGACCGCGCUCUGCUGCAGGCCCUGCCCAACCUCGUGGUCGUGGUCAACUGCGGCGUGGGCGUGGACCACCUGGACAUAGCCCUCAUCAACAGCUUCGGGGUGAAGGUGUGCAACACCCCUCAUGUGGUGGACAACGCCACUGCCGACGUAGGCAUGGCCCUCAUGCUGGCAUCGGCCAGAAAGCUUCUCUACGGUCACAACUUCUCUCUGACCCACGAGACGGACAGUCUGCCCGAGAGCAGCAUGGGCACGGACGUCAGCGGGGCCACGCUGGGCAUUAUCGGCAUGGGCAGGAUCGGGUACCAGGUGGCCAAACGGGCCAAGGGCUUCGAUAUGAAGAUCCUGUACCAUAACCGUAACCGCAGGAAGGAGGAGGACGAGAGGGCCGUGGGGGCUGUGUACUGCGAGAAGCUGGACGAGCUGCUGCACAAGUCUGACUUUGUCAUGGUCAUAGUGAACCUGUCACCUCAAACCCACAAGCUCAUCGGUACCCGGGAGAUAGCCAUGAUGAAACCCACGGCGACCCUCAUUAACAUCAGCAGAGGCCUGGUGGUGGAUCAGGAUGCGCUGCUGGACGCCCUUCAAAGACGAGCCAUUCGAGCUGCGGCUUUAGACGUAACUUACCCCGAACCUCUGCCAAGGAACCAUCCCUUGCUGGCCUUGCCGAAUGUCAUAGUUCUCCCCCACAUGGGGACCCACACCGUGGAGACAAUGCGGGUCCUGGUGGAGACGAUGGUGAACGACGCCCUAGCUGCAAUCAGCGGGAAAGAACCUCCCAAUGAGGUCAAGGUGUAGGGUGUAGAUGUACAUUUUUUUAACUUGAGUUCAGAAGGUCCACUUCUCGCCAGCUUACAUUUGACUCUGUGAUCUCAAGGUGUCUUGAAGACACCGGGGGGGGGAGGGCAAAAACAUUUAGGGUGGAUCUAUUCAGCUACAAUCCAAGAAGGUUGAUUUAUGAGGUUUCAUCUGGAAUGUGACCCGCCUGGUUCGUGUCAAUGUUCACGCGACUUACUUUUCAAGGUUUCGGUGUAAGGAGAGCUGUAAAUCACCUGGAGAGGGCUGUAGACCGAAUAGCCCCCCCUAGACAACUUUCAUGACGACUUCCUAUACCUGCUUUUGAUGAAUAUUGCAAAAAUAAUUUUUGACACAUAUUGACCCAUUUAUAAUCCGUACCCUACGGUCUUCCACGAAUCAAUUGCGUUGUAAUAAAUGCGUUGGACUUAAAUAAUCAGUUUACUGAUUCCAAACUUACAAUAAUUGGAUUAAUGAUUCCAUAUUACUAGAAGGGUCCGCGUACAUUGCGUUCAUUUGUUUUUUGAUUCGAAAUUGAAAAUCAAAAAGCGAAUUACGAUGCCAUUUGUUUUGAAAAAUGAGAAAAAUGGCUUUUUGUUGUUUCUGGGCACACACACACACGAAAGAAA